AUGGCGGCGACCACGGCCGCGGCUGUGCGUUGGCUCUGCGCGACCGCCGAGGUGCGGUCUGCUCUGGCGGUGCUCGCCCGCGGGACGAAGUCCGGCGACGCGGAGCUGGACGUGGCCGCGUGCACCGCGCUGGUCCACGGCUGCUGCCAGAGCGGCGACGUCGCGGAGGCACGCAGAGUGUUCGACGUAAUGCCGCGCUUGGGCGUGCCCCCUAACGAGGUCACGUACACAGCGUUGAUCCACGGCUACUUCGUCCGCGGACACAGAGAGAUGGGUUUGUCCUUGUUUGAGGAGAUGAGGAGAGGUGGAGUCGAGCCGAACCUCUACACCUACAACUGCUUGAUCGGGGAAUGGUGCAGGACAGGGGAGUUCAAGAGCGCCCGACUACUAUUCGACGAAAUGCCUGUGAAGGGUGUCGUGCGUAAUGUUGUCAGCUACAACAUCCUGAUUGCAGGCCUAUGCAGGCACGGCAAGCUGAAAGAUGCCGCCCAACUGUUUGAAGCGAUGAGAAGGGAGGGUAUCCGUCGAAGCAUGGUGACGUUCAAUCUUCUAAUUGAUGGCUAUGGCAAGGCUGGGAAGAUGUCUAAUGCCUUACAUUUCUUCAAUCAGAUGAAGGCAGCAGGUCUGCAACCUAGUGUGGUGACAUACAAUGAGCUUAUUGGUGGAUUCUGUCGUGUUAGAGAUAUAGCCCGGGCAAUCAGGGCUUUCUCAGACAUGAGGGAGCGCGGUUUGGCACCCACAAAAGUGACGUACACCAUACUCAUUGGUGCAUUUGCUAAGGAAAAUGAAAUGGACAGGGCAUUCGAGAUGCUUUCAGAGAUGGAGAAGGCUGGGUUGGAAGUGGAUGUGCAGAGUUAUGGUGUUCUCCUGCAUGCGCUCUGCAUGGAAGGGAAGAUGAUGCAUGCCAGGAAACUGUUUCAGUCAAUGGAUUCGAAAGGUGUCAAACCGAAUAGUGUGUUAUAUGACAUGAUGAUCUACGGAUAUGGGCGGGAAGGGAGCUCAUAUAAGGCUUUGAGAUUGAUCAUGGAAAUGAGGAAGGGUGGAUUGAUUCCGAAUGUUGCUAGCUAUUGCCUAACGAUCCGUCUUCUCUGCAAUGAAGGGAAGUGCCAGGAAGCUGAGGCUUUGAUUGGUGAUAUGGAGCAUGCUGGUUUGCAAACAAGUGAAUCCAUCUGUAGAGUACUAUUCGAUGCUAAGGCAAGAUUGCAUAGUUCUACUGAUGACCCUUUUACUUAA